ACUCCCAGCGAGAGCUCCAGUUCGUUAUUAGCAGUUACUGGUAGUAGCACGUGUCCCUCGAGAAACUGUAUCACCAAUUUCAGAAGAUUUCUUGAUAAAGUGUCAAUUUAUUUAUGUCAUUCCUAAUAUUUCAACACCACAUCUGAUGAUUCGCUCCAGUAUGGGGACUAAACCAUUUGUUUUCAUCAUUUGCUCAAUUAUCAGUUGGAUUCAUCAGCAAGGAGAUGCUGCGGACACACGGAUGGAGGAGCAGUUUGAGAAGUGCUGCGGUUUGGGGACUUCUUGGGCCUCGGAGGGACUCAGAUGCGAGAAAUUUGGGGGCCCUGUUUCGGGGGUCCCCCCUGUUGAACAGGGAAUGUGCCUCGAGACUGUUGAUAUUUGCUGCAAUCGGGAGUAUCACCGGAAAAAUUGUGAAAAGGGAAAGGACAAGGCGAGGAAAGGAUUAGGAUGUGAGAGCUCAGGAGGAGUUGGUGGAGGACGCAGUGAUGGGUAUGAACAGGACUGCUGUGAAGGCUGCAAACUCGGAAUUUUAAGUGGAUCUCUCGGGCAAAAUUGUGCGUUCAAAGCAUUUCGAUUUGGAAAACCUUGGGACUCCGUGUUCUUGGAAUGCUGUAACGAAGCCACUGGUGUCACAUCGACUACCAAUCAGGCCCAGACUAGAUCUUCCGGAAAUACUGCAAACGGAACAAUAACCACCCCUUCAACUACCUCAACUGAUUCAAUGGAUUUUAGUGCAUUCCCAUCAACGCUGGGAAUGAAUUCUUCCUCCACUGCUGACAAUCUGCCAACACCUGUUCUAGACGACAUUUGCAAGCUGUUGAAGGGUCUUCUCUGCUCCCACAUUUGUGUUCCCACUCCAGGAUCCUAUCACUGCGCGUGUCCCAAGGGAUACGUUCUCCUCGAAGAUGAGAAAACCUGUCGAACGGAUGAACCCAUCGUAUCCUCGUCAUCCUCAUCGGCAACCCCCAGCCAAUCACCAACAUCAACUUCAACACCAACAUCAACGACUCCAGAAGGAACCACAAAACCCCAGUCUUCAGUUCGCUGCCCCCUAGGCUAUCGCUACAAUCCAUCCACAAAUUCCUGCAAUGAUAUCGAUGAGUGCUCUGACCCUGAGACAUCCUUAUGCCCCAAUGGUACUCACUUUUGUAUCAAUACACAAGGAAGUUUUACCUGUCAUGAAUUAACAGCAUCGAAAACGUGUCCUGCUGGCUUUAAAUUUGAAAUUCUUGAAAAAAGGUGCAAAGACGUAGAUGAAUGCGCAGAAGGUCUCCACGGUUGCCUCCAGGAGGUGGAAACCUGCCGAAACACAGAAGGUGCCUACGAGUGCGAUAUCCAAUGCCGCAAGGGUUUCACCUUCAGCCGAAACCUGGGAAUCUGCAUCGACAUAGACGAAUGCGUCGAAGAGAAAAUUAUGUGUCCCACCGACAAACCCACCUGCGUCAAUGGCCCUGGUGGAUACAAAUGCGUGAAACUAGGAUCAUCAGACGAUGAUGACGUGGAGAAUAUCAGCAACGAAGUGACAAAUUUCAAGCCCUCCGCAGUUUCCAAGAAGCAGAAUCUUCUUUCCCGUACCGAUAAAACGAGGGAGUCUCUGACACCGGAGGUACAGCGUUUUCAGUCCUUGAAGAGACCCUGCCCUCCGGGAUAUCGCUUUGAUGGCGCCAAGUGUGCAGACAUCGACGAGUGCUCAGGGGGCCCAGGAUGCCAAGAGCACGAGCGCUGUGUCAAUCGUCUUGGGGGAUACGACUGUCAUCUCCUCUGCAACGCUGGUUGGUACUUCGACAGGAUCACGAAGACAUGUCAGGAUGUCGACGAGUGCCUCCUGGGGCGCCACAAUUGCUCUCAGCCCACUCACUCCUGUCACAAUACCAAUGGCUCGUUCGUAUGCCUCGAGGUGCCCCCCUGUUCACCAGGAUAUCGCAGGGCUCUCGACAGGUCCUGCGUCGAUGUCGACGAGUGCCUCGACAAUCUUCACAAUUGUCGACUGGAGUACCACCAGUACUGCGUCAAUAGACCUGGUGGUUUCGACUGCAUCACUCGUCUGCCUGAAUGCGAGGAUGGGUACGCGUACUCGUUGCUCACCAGAGGCUGUGAGGAUGUGGACGAGUGCAAGAAACCUGGGGGAUCGCCAUGUGACCACAGGUUGCAGGAGAGGUGUAUCAACCUCAAGGGAUCCUUCAGGUGCGAACGACCUGUAGAGAUCAUCAGCCCUCAGAGGAGCAGACCUGCCUGUCCUCCAGGAUAUCGGUAUGACGUUAUGAGGAGACAAUGUGGAGAUAUUGACGAGUGCAGAGAAAAGACGGACAUUUGUGGCCAAGAGGUUUGCUACAAUCAGCCUGGGGGUUACAGCUGUGCUCGAGCACCAGCUCCUGUCACCAGUGGACAAAUUCGACAAGAGACAUUAGCCACUUCUGGGCCCAUGCAGUGCGCCCCAGGAUUGAGGUACGUUCGAAAUCGAGGGUGUGCUGAUAUCGAUGAGUGUUCAACGAUUGAAGAUAUCUGCACAAGUAAUGAGGAGUGUGUUAAUACCGUGGGGAGUUACGUUUGCAAUUGUCGCACUGGAUUCAGACGAGAAAAUUUGACGCAGGCCUGCGUCGAUAUAAACGAAUGUCAACUCCAGAACGACUGCCUCCCAACCCAGCGAUGUGACAACACCCUGGGGAGCUACAACUGCGUGAGAUUUUUACCCUGCGGCACAGGCUACACUCUCAAUGCAGCAACUGAAAUCUGCGAGGACGACGACGAGUGCCUGCUGGGUACUCACGACUGCAGUGAGGGCUACCACUGCAGGAACACCCUGGGCUCGUACCGUUGCAACAAGAACCCCCGAGGUUCCCAGCAAAAUCCACCGAGAACGACAACUCGACGUCCACCAUUCACUCCAGUGACCACGACGAUGAUGACUCCAGCUAUUGACUCGAGAAAUCAUCCGGAGAGAUCAUGCCCGAGGGGUUUUUCACCAGGAGUCGGUGGUCAGUGUAUUGACAUUGACGAGUGCUCACUGGGAGUGAAUCCCUGCAGCCAGUCGUCGCUUCAGCAGUGUGUCAAUACAAUGGGCUCGUACAGAUGCGUGUCACGAGUGAUCUGUGGUGCUGGCUUUACCCUGGACUCAAAAACUAAUUCUCAUUGCGUUGAUAUCGACGAGUGCGCUGAUGGCACUCACAGGUGCAAAUUCGGACAGACUUGUGAGAAUCGUCCAGGGGGUUAUGCAUGUGCCUGCCCUCCAGGGCAUGCAAUUGGACCCAACAGGGAGUGCAUCGACAUAGACGAGUGCAGCAUCUACGCGAGGAAUAUCUGUGGUGCCACUGGUAGAUGUGAAAACACUGUUGGAUCAUUCAAGUGUACAUGCGAUGCAGGAUUUGAGAAAGCCGUCGGUAGCAAUGCAUGUGAGGACAUCAAUGAGUGUCAGAGGAACCCUAGAAUCUGUCAGCAUGAUUGUGUUAAUGUCUGGGGGAGCUACAAGUGCCUCUGCAAACCGGGGUACUCCCUCAAUCAUGAUAAUCGAUCCUGCAGUGAUGUCGACGAGUGUCAGAUGUUCAAGGAUAAUAAUUUAUGUGUGGGAUUCUGUGAUAACACUCCUGGGAGUUAUUCCUGCAGGUGUCCUGAUGGUUACAGGCUCGGGGAGGAUGGGAGGACCUGUCAGGAUAUCGAUGAGUGCUCUGCUGGGACCGUCUGCAGGGAUCCCAAUGAGAUGUGUCAGAACACCAGGGGUGGAUACAAGUGUAAUAGGAUUCAAUGUCCACAAGGGUAUCACCGUGAUCAGGAGAGGAAGAACCGCUGUACCCGGGCAUCUCGCUACUGCCCAUCCGGCGAUAUCGCCUGUUAUCAGUCGCCCUCGCACUUCUCCUACAAUUUCAUAACAUUUGUCAGUAUGCUUCCAAUACCUCGCACCGGUCAACUGGAACUCUUCACAAUGAGGGGAACUCAUCUCCCUGGAUCAAUCAUGCGAUUUAGCAUGGCCCUGGUGGAUGCUCGAGCCCCACCAGGUGUACUUCGAGCCACUGAAUCGUGUUUCGCUCUGAGGAGACCCUCGCCCUCACAAGCUGUUCUAGUUUUAACGAAGAGUCUUCCUGGACCACAGGAAAUUGAACUCGAUCUCAGUCUGGAGAUAUACCACGAUACGGCAUUCGCUGCAAGUGCUGUAGCUAAACUUUUCAUUUAUGUGACGCAGUUCGAGUUUUAAGGAAAUUAUUCCAUGGAAUCAUAAGUAUUUUCAAGUCUUGUACGAUAGAAGAACGUUAUGGAUGAUUUUAAGGAACGAGAAAGAAAUGUAGAGAUUUAAUAAAGUUGAAAGU